CCAUAGAGCCAAUUUCCGAUACAAUAUUAGAUAUAUAAAUAACACAAAGUGAACUCCUAAUCAGGGUUCAUUUUAUAAAUUUAUUAUUUAGUUAUUGCGGAUAAAGAACAAUAAUAAUAUGGGGAUGUCUAAAAGUAUCAAGGUUAUCUUAUCUCUUGCUCUCGUAGUGUUCUUGGCCCUUGCUGCAACCAAGGUUGAGGCCACAAGAUACAUAACUUAUCCUGCUAUCGAUCGUGGAGAUCAUGCUGUACAUUGUGACAAAGCCCACCCUAACACCUGCAAGAAGAAAGAAGCAAAUCCUUACCAGAGAGGAUGCGAGAAGAUCAAUCGUUGCCGUGGUGGAUAGGUGGAAAACAGUGAAUUAACCAACCCACCCAAGAGCAUAAAAUAUACAUCAAUACAUUAUCUAUAUACACACUUUUGACAUCCUCAUAUUCAUUUUUAAUGAUAUUAUUUUUAGUCUAUUAUUGGCUUUGUAAUUGAUUGUAAUCAGAAUGUUAUGAUCAAUCAUAUAUAUAAAUACUUCAGUUAUUAUCCGAUAUCUUAACUAA